GGGAUCUGGCAGGAAGGAAAAGGAGAGAUCAGAGCGUGAGUCUACCACAGUCGGGGAUCCUAAGAAGGGGUAGCUAAUGAACUUUUUAAAAUACAGCAAGAAGUCGUGGACUGCACCGUUUGAACAACUCUCGAAGACCCGUAGUAAAGCAGUGGUGUAACCGUGGUGUGCAAUGGAGGAUGGGAAGCCAGUGUGGGCCCCCCACCCGACCGACGGGUUCCAGCUGGGGAUGAUCGUGGACAUAGGGGUGGACUCCUUAACCAUCGAGCCCCUGACCCAGAAGGGCAAGACCUUCCUGGCUCCAAUGAACCAAGUGUUUCCAGCUGAGGAUGAUGUAAACAAACAUGUGGAAGACAACUGUUCCCUUAUGUACUUGAAUGAAGCCACACUCCUGAACAAUGUUCGUGUGCGGUACAGUAAAGAUAAAAUCUACACCUUUGUAGCCAACAUCUUGAUUGCUGUGAAUCCAUACUAUGACAUCCCCAAACUCUACACUCCUGACACCAUCAAGAGCUACCACGGGCGAUCCCUUGGCACCCUGCCCCCUCAUGUUUAUGCAAUCGCGGACAAGGCAUACCGGGACAUGAAGGUGCUGAAGAUGAGCCAGUCCAUCAUUGUGUCAGGAGAAUCUGGAGCAGGAAAGACAGAAAACACAAAAUUCGUUCUCAGGUAUUUGACAACAUCCUACGGAACCGGUCAAGAUAUUGAUGAAAGAAUAGUAGAAGCCAAUCCCUUGCUGGAGGCCUUCGGAAACGCAAAAACCGUCAGGAAUAACAACAGCAGCCGUUUCGGGAAGUUUGUGGAAAUCCACUUCAAUGAAAAGAAUGCAGUGGUGGGGGGGUUCGUGUCCCACUACCUGCUGGAGAAGUCCAGGAUCUGCACGCAGAGCAAUGAGGAGAGGAACUACCACAUCUUCUAUCGGCUGUGCGCCGGGGCGUCUGAGGACAUCCGGCAAAAACUCCACCUGGACUCACCAGACAGCUUCCGGUAUCUAAAUCGAGGCUGCACCCGAUACUUUGCAAACAAGGACACAGACAAGCAGAUUAUGCAGAAUCGAAAGAGUCCGGAGCACCUGAAGUCGGGAGCCCUUAAGGACUCCCUGGUGGAUGACCAAGGCGACUUUGUGCGGAUGUGCGGGGCGAUGAAGAAGAUCGGCCUGGACGACACGGAGAAGCUGGACCUGUUCCGCGUGGUGGCCGGCGUCCUGCACCUCGGCAACAUCGACUUCGAGGAGACGGGGAGCUCCUCGGGUGGCUGCUCCCUGAAGAACCAGUCCAACCAGACACUGGAAUACUGCGCCGGUCUGCUGGGACUGGACCAAGAUGACCUGCGAGUCAGCCUUACCACCAGGGUCAUGCUCACAACAGCAGGGGGCGCCAAAGGAACAGUAAUCAAGGUGCCGCUAAAGGUGGAACAGGCGAACAACGCCAGGGACGCUUUGGCCAAAGCCGUGUACAGCCGCCUCUUCGACCACGUGGUGACCAGGGUCAAUCAGUGCUUCCCCUUCCAGACGUCCUCAAACUUCAUCGGUGUCCUGGACAUCGCCGGGUUCGAAUAUUUUGAGCACAACAGCUUUGAGCAGUUCUGCAUCAACUACUGUAAUGAGAAGCUGCAGCAGUUUUUCAACGAGCGGAUUCUGAAGGAGGAGCAAGAGCUGUACCAGAAAGAAGGCCUGGGCGUAAAUGAGGUUCAUUACGUGGACAACCAAGACUGCAUAGACCUGGUAGAGGCCAAGCUGGUGGGCAUCCUGGAUAUUCUGGAUGAAGAGAACAGGCUGCCCCAGCCCAGUGACCAGCACUUCGCUGAGGCCGUGCACAGCAAGCACAAGGACCACUUCCGUUUGACCGUCCCCAGGAAGUCGAAGUUAGCGGUGCACAGGAACGUGAGAGAUGACGAGGGCUUCAUUGUCCGCCACUUCGCUGGAGCCGUGUGCUAUGAGACGGCCAAGUUUGUGGAGAAGAAUAACGAUGCCCUACACAUGUCUUUGGAGAGCUUGGUGUGCGAAUCAAAGGACAAGUUUGUGCGGGAGCUCUUUGAAAACUACAACAACGCGAAAGACUCCAAACAAAAAGCUGGCAAGCUCAGCUUCAUCAGUGUGGGCAACAAAUUUAAGACCCAGCUCAACCUUCUCCUGGAGAAGCUUCGCAGCACGGGCUCCAGCUUCAUCCGCUGUGUGAAGCCCAACCUGAAGAUGGUGAGCCACCAGUUUGAAGGAGCACAGAUUCUGUCCCAGCUGCAGUGCUCAGGAAUGGUUUCAGUGUUGGACCUGAUGCAGGGGGGCUUCCCCUCCCGCGCUCCCUUCCACGAGCUCUACGAAAUGUACAAGCAGUACAUGCCUGCCAAGCUGACUCGACUGGACCCACGGCUCUUCUGCAAGGCUUUGUUCAUGGCCCUGGGUCUGAACGAGAAUGACUACAAAUUUGGGCUGACCCGGGUGUUCUUCCGGCCUGGGAAGUUCGCUGAGUUCGACCAGAUCAUGAAGUCCGACCCGGAGCACCUGGCCGAGCUGGUGAAGAGGGUCAACAAGUGGCUCAUCCGCAGCCGCUGGAAGAAGGUCCAGUGGUGCUCGCUGUCCGUCAUCAAGCUGAGGAACAAGAUGAGCUACAGGGCGGAGGCCUGUGUUAAGAUUCAGAAGACGGUCCGCAUGUGGCUGUGCGGGAGGAAGCACAAACCACGGGUCGACGGCCUGGUGAAGGUGAGGACUCUAAAGAAGAGGAUGGAGGGCUUCCAGAAGGUGGUGAGCGGACUGAAGGAGGGAAAGCAGGAGAUGAGCCGUCAGAUCCAAGAGCUGGACGCCUCCAUUAACACCCUCAUGGCUAAGAUCAAGGCCACCGUGAUGACGCGGGCGGAGAUCGACGCCGAGUACCAGCGCCUGGUGAAGCGCUCCGAAGAGCUCCUGGGCUCCAUGCAGAAGAAGAAGCAGGAGGAGGAGGAGAGCGAACGUCUCCGUCGCAUCCAGGAGGACAUGGAGCGGGAGAAAGCUCGCCGCGAGGAAGAGGACAGGCACCGGCGGCAGGAGGAAGAGGAGCGCCGUCUGAAAGCAGAGAUUGAAUUGAAGAGAAAGCAGGAGGAAGAGGAGAGGAGAAAGAGGGAGGAGGAGGAACGCAGCUUACAGGCGGACAUGGAGAUGCAGCUAGCCGCGGAGCGGGAAGAGGAGAACCAGCGGCAGACCGUCGUGGAGCAGGAGCGCCGCGACCGCGAGCUCGCCAUGAGGAUCGCCCAGAGCGAGGCCGAGCUCAUCACCGAGGACGCGCAGCUGGACCCCAGCCUGCGCAGGGGUCCGCAGGUGCAAGCCACCAAGGCAGCUGCGGGGACCAAGAAGUAUGAUCUGAGCAAAUGGAAAUACGCUGAGCUGCGAGACGCCAUCAACACAUCCUGCGACAUCGAGCUGCUGGCCGCCUGCCGGGAAGAGUUCCACCGCCGGCUGAAGGUCUACCACGCCUGGAAAUCAAAGAACAAGAAGCGCAACACCGAAACCGAGCAGAGGGCUCCCAAAUCCAUCACCGACUACGCUCUGCAGAACCCGGCGCCCCCCAUCCCUGCCCGGCAGCAGGAGGUGGCCAUGAACAGACAGCAGCGCUACUUCCGGAUCCCCUUCAUACGCCCGGCCGACCAGUACAAGGACCCGCAGAACAAAAAGAAGGGCUGGUGGUACGCCCACUUCGACGGGCCUUGGAUCGCCCGGCAGAUGGAGCUCCACCCAGACAAGCAGCCUAUCUUACUGGUGGCAGGUAAAGACGACAUGGAGAUGUGCGAGCUGAGCCUGGAAGAGACGGGUCUGACCCGGAAGAGGGGCGCGGAGAUCCUGCCCCGGCAGUUUGAGGAGAUUUGGGAGCGCUGCGGCGGGAUCCAGUACCUGAAGAGCGCCAUCGAGAGCAAGCAGGCCCGGCCCACUUACGCCACCGCCAUGCUGCAGAACCUCCUGAAGUGAAGCCUCUGCCCACCCCACCGGAUGGAGAGCCAGCCCAGCCUUCCCACAGUGCAAAGGGAAAUGUCCACUGCCCACCACAGAUGGCGCCAGAGUGCCCAGCUGACUGACCCAGGACUUUAAAGGACAUUUUCUUUACCCUAAAUUUGCUGUGAAAAAUCUGCCAGCUAAACAUCUCCGUUUCCUCUUUGUCUUUGUUUUUUCUAUGUGACCGAUGCUUUAAUAUUACUGCGAGGUUAAUAAGUGAGGCCUUAAAACUACAAUUUCACAAGGUAUGACUGAAAGUGGAAGCAAUUUCAAAGCUGUUCUUCCAUAAGAAAGCCUGAAGUUGUUUAUAUCAAUUCUGAAAUGUUUUAUGAGACAUAUUAGAACAGCUCGUAACGUUUAUAGUGAUUUUCAUAUUUUUUGGUGCAUUGGUUUUUGUUUUAUGCUUAUAGUCAUAAAACAGGAUUUUCCAUGAUUUCCAGUAGGACCUUCACUGUGUGCUCUGUCCUCUUUAUUUUUUCAAACUUUACACAAGACUGAAAAUGCAUUGAGAAUUUGGAAUUUAUGUUGUUCAACUUUAAACAAAAAUUUUAGCAUGUUCAAACAGAGCUUUGUAUUGUACUGAAUGAAAAUGGAAAAAGUGUGAAAUAUGCCUUCUCACAGUCUAUUUUGACAGAUGCAUUUGUUUGCCUGUGUUUUAUACACACAGUAAAUUGAUUGGGUCCAGAUUGGGUAGAGUCUGCCUGAUGUGCUUUGAGUGACAGAUUUAGUUUCUACAGUUACAUUUUAUUUUUACUUGACAAAAUCUUUCAUUUCAGUGACCACUGAUCACUUAUUUCAGUGAUGUUCAUAAUGUUGACCAAGGUUAACCUUCAUUUUGUUAUGAAAAGCUAAGCACUACAUUUUGGCAAUGAGAUAUUUCUGCCCGCCCUCCCAGUACUGUACAUAGAUCAUAUUUAGGCCUCCCAAACGUAAAACAUGGGGUUGCUUUCAAGCUGACUGCAGUGGUGACUUUUACCUCAAAUUAAAUUACAACUCUAAGCAAAGGUUAUUUUCAGUUAUUGCAUGGCAUUUAUUUUAGUGACCCCUGCCCUCAUAACAGUUUGAUUAUAAUAACAUAGAUUAAUUAAUUUCUCUGUGUGAAGACAAAGAGAAAGAUUACUUAGCUUUCAUGUCUUCUAAAGCCUUUCUUUGUUCUGUUAGAUGGAAUUUUUUUAACAUUUAUUUUUGUGCUAAGAUGCACAUCUAGCUUCACAGUUCUUUUCUAAAUUCAGUUUGUUUGCCCUAUGUUUUACUUUGCAUUUCACAUUGUGCAAAGAUAGAUCUGAGUACAAUAAAUGCUGAUGUAGACUGUGCCCAAUAGGUUUGCAGUGUUAGAGUCCCAAUAGUAGAAGGCCUUUUUUCCAGUGUCUUUGUGUCUUUUGCACAAUGUUUACGGGUACCACUGUUUUAAUGUACUGGAAUGCAUUUUCUUUUUCCAUUCUAUAAAAAAACAAGGGCUGGAGUUUCCAAAAAAGCUAUUUAAAUAAUAAUAAAGUUAACCAAUGCAAUAAUGGAGAUUAUGUGAAAGUAUAUUAAAAGAUUAUUGGAAAACACAUGUGAUUGUAAGCUUAGCAAUUGGGGCUAAUGCAAAUAUGCAAUGCCCGGUAUACUGGAAAAUUAAUAACCAUGUUUUAUGGUUAUCUGCUUUAUGUGAGUAUGAUUUGAACCAGCCGCUCUGCAAGCCAGGGAAUAAUGUAGACAUCUCCCCUCUAUUUUCUUAUCCCAUCUCAUCUAUUUUUGUUCAUGGAGUACACAUAGGCCUAUAGAAUAUUUUAUAUUGUCUGUACUGAGAGAAUGUAAUUUCUAUAAACAGUCUUAAGUAAUUUUUAAUGGACCAAUACGUACAGUAGUUUGCAAAUAAACAGUUUGUAACGAUACUUUUCAUGGUACACAGGAAACUCAGUAGUAAACCCUGCUUAAUAGUAGCCUACUGUAAUAGUGCUUUGUUUAUUACGCUAAUAGCAAGUAAUUAAAUUAAGGCUUUGGAUGUAACAAAAGCUGCUGCCCUCCAGAAUGAAGGUAACCACCCCCCAACAACCCCUUAGUCCCAGUUAAUAGACGUCUCACAAUCUGGUGUGAAAUUGGAACCUAUCCCUUCAGGUUGUUUAUAUCUGCCCCGAUAGUUUUAAAGGCUUUUUCAUUUCUCUUUUUCCUCUGGCUGCUCUGUUCAAAACACUCUUAGUUUUUGGUAAGUACAUACCAGUGAAUUUGUAUCCCGGGGGCCAGUUGCGUGAGAGACCAUGAUUCAGAUCCCAAUUAUUUAUUCAUGAUCUGAAGACAAGGCCGUCUCUUCAGACGUCCUUUCUCAACGCACCUCGUUCGCGAUGCAGACGCGCUCCGAUUAAUCGCCCAGUGUGGCCUUUUUCUCCUGUUAUUCUUUCUUUUCUUUUUUUUUUUUUAAUAUGCUGAUGUCUUGCUGAUGUAUUUCAAUGCAGAAAAUAAAUGCGUUCUACGUGUAA